AUGUCACCAAUAAUGUUUACCGAAUUACUCAAUAUUGUUGGGCCACUCAUCGAAAAACAACAUGUAGUUCGACAACCAAUACCGGCCAGAACGAGAUUAGAGGAAAAAGUUAUGAUUGAUCCAACCGAAGAAAAUUGGAGUACAAUUGCAGAAGACUUUGAGACAACAUGCCAAUUUCCACACUGCAUAGGCGCUAUCGAUGGGAAGCAUGUCGAAAUUCAAGCACCGCCUCGUAGUGGUUCCUGCUACUACAACUAUAAAGGAAAGCAUAGCAUAAACCUGCUCGCAGUAAGUGAUGCCAAGAACCGCUUCACUAUUGUUGAUAUUGGAGCAGAAGGAAGGCAAAGCGACGGAGGUGUUUUUGAAAACAGCGGGUUACUGCAUUUACUUGAAACAAAUGCUCUCCAUAUCUCUCUACCUACGCGUCUGGAUAAUAUGGAUUUGGAUUUUCCGUACGUUUUGUUGGGAGAUGAGGCUUUUCCUCUAAGCACACAUAUGAUGCGACCAUACCCUUGAAGUGGACGGCUAAAUAUCAGCAGAAAAAUUUUCAACUAUCGCUUGAGUCGAGCAAGGAGAACAGUUGAAUGUGCUUUCGGAAUUUUGGUUGCAAGAUGGAGAAUAUAUCGUCAACCUAUUGUUACAUGCACAUCUACUGCCGUAAAAGCUGUACAAGCAACAGUUGUCUUGCAUAAUUUUAUUAUUAAUAAAGAAUUGGACUUACCACUUGCAGAAAGAAGGUAUUGUACUAUACAAGAAGAAGAGUUUAAUCUCCUGGCUACAAGUAAUGGAUUAACAGAUGUAAAUUAUAGAAAUACUUCACAAAAGUCUGCAGCAGUGAAAAUUCGAGACAACUUUACUCAUUAUUUCGAGCAUGUCAAUCCUCUAUCAUGGCAGUGGGAUAAAGUUUUAACUAACAACUUUUAAAAUAUGUAGUUUUAAUUCAACGCACUUGUAAAUAACUGUAUUAAUUAGAAUUUUGUAUUUGUAUUUUGUUAAAGUAUAUAAUUCAAAAAAGUUUCUCAUGAUAUUCGUACGUAAUCUGUUUUUUC